ACCUCUUUUCCCCCACUCCGAUUAUCACCUCGCUGCUCCUCUCCUUGUGUCCUCUCUAUCUCUCUGUUCAGGACUAUUCUGCCUCAUUUCUCGCACCCAGCUCCAUAUACCUGGAAAGCACCGCUUCUUAAACCAUGGCCCCUAAGCUGCUGGCGCUCUUCUGUCUCCUCUCUGGGCUCCACGCACGGUCCAGAAAGAUUGAAGAUGAUGAAUAUGAAGAUCUGUCUUAUAACCAAAAGUGGGUCCUGGCUCCAAAAACUCAAGACACUGAUGUGACUCUUAUACUCAACAAGUUGCUAAGAGAAUAUGACAAAAAGCUGAGGCCAGAUAUUGGAUUAAAACCAACAGUUAUUGAUGUUGACAUUUACGUUAACAGCAUAGGACCUGUGUCAUCAAUAAAUAUGGAAUACCAAAUUGACAUAUUUUUUGCUCAGACUUGGACAGACAGUCGCCUUAGAUUCAACAGCACAAUGAAAAUAUUAACUCUGAACAGCAAUAUGGUUGGAUUAAUCUGGAUUCCAGAUACCAUCUUCCGGAACUCAAAAACUGCAGAAGCUCACUGGAUUACAACACCCAACCAACUCCUUAGAAUAUGGAAUGAUGGGAAAAUCUUGUAUACUUUAAGGCUCACCAUCAAUGCGGAAUGCCAGCUGCAGCUCCAUAAUUUCCCAAUGGAUGAACAUUCGUGCCCACUGAUAUUCUCCAGCUAUGGCUACCCCAAAGAAGAAAUGGUUUAUAGAUGGAGGAAAAAUUCAGUGGAGGCUGCUGAUCAGAAAUCAUGGCGACUUUAUCAAUUUGACUUCAUGGGUCUCAGGAACACGUCUGAAAUUGUGAAAACUUCUGCAGGUGAUUAUGUAGUCAUGACUAUUUACUUUGAUUUGAGCAGAAGAAUGGGCUACUUCACUAUUCAGACAUAUAUUCCCUGUAUAUUAACAGUCGUUUUAUCCUGGGUGUCCUUUUGGAUUAAAAAAGAUGCCACACCAGCAAGAACAGCCUUAGGGAUCACGACAGUACUGACUAUGACGACUCUGAGUACCAUAGCGCGGAAGUCCUUACCUCGAGUGUCUUAUGUCACCGCCAUGGACCUGUUUGUGACUGUGUGCUUUCUAUUUGUCUUUGCUGCUCUGAUGGAAUAUGCUACUCUUAACUAUUAUUCAAGCUGCAGAAAACCAAACUGUGCCAAGAAGAAAAAGUCGUUAAUGCACUCAGAGACAACUGAAUGGGUCCAUGAAAGAAUACGUACACACACCCACAGCAACUAUUCUGUCCUGGAUAUGAGACCACCUCCUACAGUGAUCCCUCUGAAUAAUUCCAUGUACUGGCAGGAAUUUGAAGAUACUUGUGUCUAUGAGUGUCUGGAUGGCAAAGACUGUCAAAGCUUCUUCUGUUGCUAUGAAGAGUGUAAAUCGGGUUCCUGGCGGAAAGGAAGGAUUCACAUAGAUAUCUCAGAGCUGGACUCAUAUUCCCGAGUCUUUUUCCCAACUUCUUUCCUGCUCUUUAACCUGGUCUACUGGGUCGGAUACCUCUAUCUUUAA